AUGAACCUCGCCUUCGUUCUUGAGCUUGAGCUUGCUACACCUCUGGACAAAACAUUCAGGCCAACACCACAGUCGCUUCGCACCAUGGCUGCAACUCGAGAGCUCGAGAUGAGCGACCACUAUCCCAUCGAGCUGCGCUACAUCAAAGCGCUGUUCGUUCAACGCCAGUACCGAAAAUGCAUUCAAGCAUGUCGCGACGUCACCAAGCUCGCCGACUCGCGACAACACGAGCCAGCACUGCAGAAGACAUUCAUUAGCCUCUACGCAGGACUCGCUCACGAUGAGGUCGCCCGCUCUAUGCACCAGAACUCCAUCACGAAGCUGCCCUGCUACGAGUCGGCCGAGCAGCUCUUUAUGCAAGCGCUAGAUGCUCUGCCGUCCUACGAAGAUGCAAGACAUCAGUGCAGCCAGACUCCCCCUUCCGAUCCAGAACCCGUGCCCGACACAGCCAGCGCAACUGAGCCAUACCGCUCGCCCAGCAUCGACGAGCCUUCGUUCGGCGACCUCAACAGACUGUCUCGUGCGAGCUCCUCGGUCCUCUCCUCGCCACCAAUCUUUCAUCGACACAGUCAACAAAGCCUAUCUGUGCGAUCAUCCUUCUUCUCGCCCGGAGCCAGCACUUCAGAUACGGACGAUCUCGAGAGCCAUGACAGCUUCUCGGAGCUCCUGACACCUACAAGACUACUCAAUCGCGACUUCUCCCGCAUAUCCCUUCUCGACAUCGCGAACUCAUCCUUGCCGCGAGCCACGUCGAGGAUGUCAUUGAUAGAGCCGCCGAAGACACCCCAACGAAAGAAGUCACUAUCACAAGGACUCAUGCGUCCCAUCCGACCUGGAUCACCGGCCAAGCAGUUCCACAUACCACCAACACUCCCAUACUCUGGCGCUCCUCAGCGCAUGCCGUCCAGGCUGCCACAACUCGCGACUCGAACCAAGACUGAGACUCGUCUCGAGAUUGCCCGCGUUGAUUCUGCUAUGGGCGAGUCCUCUUUUGUCACCUGCCCAGAACCGGUAUCACCCAUGUCUCAGACAGGCUCCGAUGUCAACCUCUCGGAUGCCUCGACGGUAUCAGCAUUGUCGCCACCACUGACGCCAACUCACCCAGCUCGGAGCAGCUCCGUGACGACUCUAGGUCCAAGCGAGCCGCCGCUGCUCGAUGAAAGCAAGUUUCUACGCUUCACCGAUCAUCUCCGUGCAAUGCGCACGCAGCUGGAGAGCCACAUCGUAAUGGUGCAGCAAGCACAGGAUAAAUUACGUCAAGUGCAAACGGAGAGGAGAGCUCAGCGUGCAACACAGCCCGCAAGAUCCAAGAACACCGCUAGGGACUACUUCAGCAGUCCCGCCCAGCUAAGCCCCAAGGACAAUUCGGUAGUGCGACUCCAGCAGGCGCGUAGCUUCUGGUCCUUCAUACCCGAGGACAUCAAGGCGGACGAGAAGAAGAGGCGGAUUCAAGCGGGUAGGGAUAGAGGGUGGAAGAAGGAGCGUUUCCAGCCGGGACGUUAUCGAGACUUGUGUGAGAAAGCUCUCGCGGAGCUCUGA